AGUUGCGUAUCUCCCAUUCUCUUUUUUUCCUGGUGCUGGGAGUCCAUGCUGCGCUGACUCCUUCCGUUAUCUUCCUCUGUUGUCAUUGCUGACAGCUAGUCCCAGUAGGAGAAGGAAACAUCAACUCGUAGAAGAGAAACGGAAAAUCGAUUUGGCUUCUACUCGGUGUGCGAUGCUCCGCAAGUGCUGUCUAUGGCGUUGGCGUCCAGAACGGCGCCUGCCACGUCGCUUCCGCGAUGUCCCUGACGAGUUCACCGAUCUUCGCACGGCGGACAGCCGACCGAUGCUUUUUACGCCUAGGCGUCCUGCCCCACUGCGGGACGUGACCCGCCUCCACGACGUCCUCAUCGACAACGCUGCCGUCAGCGCGCACAAUUCGGACGAUAUCACGCAGCAGCCCAUCGCCCUGCUGGCGCCCGAUCGAAUGGGACUGCCGCCCCAACUUGUGGGGUACCUGGAGCACCGCUUUCUUGAUACAAACCGCAGUCUCUCCGCCACACCAGCAGCAGUGACGGCCGGCUCCUCCUCUUUUCAGGGACUCACCGUCGCACAGGCGCGCAUUCUGCAGCACAUGUAUGCGAGUCAAGACGUGGCGGUGUGUGCGCCGACCGGGACGGGCAAAACCUUCGCGCUUUGUCUCGGCGUCAUCGCACGCCUCAUGCGGGACGGCCCGAUGAAGCUGCUGUCCACCGUUGUCUUGGUGACCAGCGACUACCUGUGCUGGCAGGUGGAAAGGUGGCUGCGUGAGAUGUGGUGGUACCCCAACGACGACCGACUGGUGUUUGCAGCCACAAGCGAUCUGUCCGAGGAGCACGUGUACCGCCGUCUGACGAAGGAGCUUGUGCGGGAUGCGGACCGGCCGAGCAAGGUCGUUGGCACGGUGGAGAACCGCCCCUACGUCGUGGUCACCACGCCCGAUGUGCUCUGGAGGUUUUACCAGCGCCGCCGCGUCGCGAUUGAGCGGCGGGAGGUGUACAAGAACAAGAAGGGCUACUCCUUCUCCCUCACACCUGUGCUUCCGGCGGUGGACAUGGUUGUGGUGGACGAGGUGGAUGAAGUCAUGCCGUCGACGCAGCCCAGCGCACCGGGCAACCGUCUCCUAAAGGAGCUGUUCAGGCACACGAAAUACCAGGCCCCGGUGCAGGUGGUCUUUACGAGUGCGACGCUGGCCGGGUCGACCGUCAAUCACAUUCGGCGCUACAUGAAGAAGAACCUUCUAGCAGAUCGCACGUCGCGCGUAUUCGAAAGCGCGAGAGAGUCGUCCACGCGCCUGGCCGCCGUAUCUAGCACGAUUUCACGCGCUGCCGUGCCAGAGAGCAUCCGCCACUUCUUCUACACCGCUGACACAGCAGCAGAGCAGUGCCAGUGCUUGGCCAAGGCGAUGGCUGCCACAUGCCCCUCGUUUCAAACUACGCGGUUGGAUGAGAGAACUUUAUGUCACUCCGAUAGCAGCGACAUUUCGAGUGCUGCUGCUGCGCAUCGGGACUUUAUUUUGCUGGUGCUGCCAGAUUCAGCGGAUGUGGGCAGGUUUAUCACCGAUGUCUUGCUGCCGAGCCAAGACGAUGCACUGCGCCGUCUCGGUACUGCUGGCCACCCCUUGUGUGCACGCUACGCGGUGGAACGACUGGAUUGUACGCUGGGGGAGCAGCAGCGGCAGCGGCGCCGAGCAGAGACGCGAAAGUUUAUUCAGCGCACCGUCCGCAGCGCCGAGGCACUCGAGAACGAUGAAGUGAUGUCGAGCAAUUCUGGCAUCGGUGUCUUCCCGCGGUUUGCGCGCGACGUCGCCGACGAGCAAGUUACGAGCGCACAUGCGGAGGAGAGGCCGGGAGGGUGCGCGGCGAACCUUCCGCAUGGCAACCGUAUUGCUGAUCCGCUUACCAAAGCGAUGGAGAAAACAAGCAAUGCUACGCCACCAUCGCCUAAAGAUGCGUCGCCUGCUGCUGAGCAGACACCUCCGCGGCGAUCGUUUAUCACGUGCAACUGCAGCAAUGUCCGUGGACUCGACCUUCCACACCUCACCCACGUGAUCAUUCUCGCACAGCCCACCAGCGGCCUCGAGUACGCGCAUUGGUGCGGCCGUGUGGGUCGCUUUGGGCAGCCCGGCGUCUCCAUCACGCUUAUGGCGCGGGGCGCGACGCGGGGCAUGCAUGACUUCUGCAACUCGCUGGGCAUCGAAUUCCGCGUGGAGAAGCGCCACCCCGCGGUGGACGUCAACGCAGAGCGACUGUUGGGAGGUGCGGAGGUUGCGUAG